UCCGAGGUGAUGUUUACACUUUGGGGAAGACAGUGUGGUGUGUGUGUGUGGAGAGGGCGCGUCUCGCACCUCUCUCUCCUCUCCUCUCUCACUUAUUACCUCUCCUCCCUCGCCCCUCAUCCCGUCUCCACACUCCCAGGCACCCUAAGCCUCCACCUCGAGUCCUGGCCUAGGCUGUCACCCUAGCAACAGGUGGUAAUAGGCUGGAAGAGCGGACAUAGGCCUGGGUUAAAGAUACACUGUUACAGGGCCGUGUAGAGGCCUAGUCUCGUGGGACUCGUUAGAGGGAUAAUGAAACCUCUUAUAGGCCUUCCGGAACCCUAGUCAAGUGGAACUGUUACUGGCCUGGCAAGAGGCCUAGUCAAGUGGAAUCGUAAUUCGGUUGUCAGCCUAUGCUGCUGGACCUCACAGGGUUGUGUUGAAGGGAGCACCAUUGAGCCGCACCAUCACCUCACCAUCCUGCACCACCAGCAGCGUUCACCACCGGGGCGACCCACCACCAGGAUACCCCACCACAGGACCAAGCCGUGGGCAUGGUGGAGCACUUCGUCGUGCCCUCAACCGUCCCUCGCAGGCCUCAAGCCCCAGGAAGGUCUCGCUGCAGCAGGUGAGCGUGGCGGCCUGAGACGGGCGUGAAGACGGGCGUGAAGAUGCGGGUGACGGUGCGGGGGGUGCUGGUGGGCGGGAGUGUGGGCGUGCUGCUCACCACCGUCCUACUGUGGUCACAGUGCCGGGCGCCCAUGCCACACCUGCCCGUGACCGCCCGCACCAGCAAGCACCAACAACAACAGCUUCAUAGAUCACCACUGCAGACCAGCCACCACCAGGUGGGAGGCGAGGAGGCCUAUGUGGAGGUGGAGUACAGCCCCGGUGGUGCCUCGGACACCCACCACCAGCAGGACGGAGGCCCAGCAUCGCCUGAGGGAGGUCGAGGCGAGCGGCUGACGGAGAUCGCCUGCAACAUCAACCACGAGUCUGAGAUCUCCUGCAGGAGAGACCACAAGGAAGUCUACGUCCCGUUCUCUUUCUUACACACCUACUUCGAGGUUUAUGGGCAUUUGGAACAGAAGCCCGAUGGAACAGAGGUGUUUGAAUGGUCCCAUAGCUACAGCCGAGUGUAUCAGCCCCAGGGGACCUAUGACCCUACAGGAACCUUCCUCAACUUUGAGCUUUAUAAUGUUGAGGCUCGGGAGAGGGUCAAGUGUAUUUCUGGGACUGAAGGAGUGCCAAUAUCCACUCAGUGGCAGAGCUCAGGCUACACCUACCCCAUCCAGAUAGCACAGUUUGGUCUCUCUCAUUACUGUAAACAUCUCACUGAAAACCCACCAGAGAGAAUAAUGUUAGAAGAUGGUGGGGAGCAUCAGGGAGUCUGGCAAGUGGAGGGGCCAAGCUCUAAAUUGUUUAGAGUUCUGGAUCCAUCGACUCACACUAAUGUUCUAAAGUUUAAGGCGCCAGAAUCCUACUCAAAGGGUGGUGCUACGUUGCAGCUAUCUAAAGUCCCCACACAAAAUAUGUUGGUCUUAAAUCUCAAUCUUCUGCUACAUGGGAAUGCCAGCUUUUCUGUUACAGUUGAAUUUAAGGAUAAGAAGAUGGAGUUGGUGACGGUUUAUUAUAUCCGCUCUGACAAGUUACUUCAGGUCAAGGAUCGACAAAUAUACUAUGGUCUUGGGGAGCAACAGCAAGGAUGGCGGCACAUUACUCGCAAUCUUCUUAUUGAUGUGCACAAGGGAGCAAGUUCUUCUCCGUCUCUGCGCAAAAAAUUUAAGAAGGUUUCAAGAUCAAAACUGAAUGUGGUGUCACUUUCACUGCACGGGGAAGGAAGUGUAACCAACAUUACUUUAGCUUCAGCAGAGCAUCUGCAUCACUUCUAUGAUGCUGCAAAUUGGCUUCUGAAGCAUCAGGACGAGCAGGGGGGUUGGUCCAUCCCUGUUCCACGAAAGGUAAUCAGUGGGGUGCUGGAACUUGGUGCUGGCUGGUACUCAGCCAUGGCUCAAGGACAAGCUAUGUCUCUCCUUGUUCGAGCCGCACAUCAUUCUGGUGAUGCAAAAUAUCUGAAGGCUGCCAUACGAGCCACUGCACUGUUUUAUGUCAAUGCAACUCGAGGAGGUGUGCGGACCUACUUCCCUGGAGGAUAUGUGUGGUAUGAAGAGUAUCCAACAAACCCAUCAUUAUUUGUACUCAAUGGAUUCAUCUACAGUCUUUUGGGCCUUUACGAUUUAAAAGAAUUCUCAAGAGAGUCAAAUAACAACAGUAGAGAUUUGUUUGAGGAUGGCAUGAAGUCUCUAAAAAAACUGCUACCCCUGUAUGACACAGGAUGGGGUUCCCUCUAUGAUCUACGCCACUUCACAACUCACGUAGCUCCUAAUAGAGCACGCUGGGACUAUCACACCACCCACAUCACUCAACUACUAUUGUUGGCAUCCAUUGAUACAGAUCCUGUAAUUUCUAACACUGCCCAACGCUGGAAGGACUAUAUGAAUGGCCAUAGAGCUAAGCACAAUUAAGAAUCAUAAUGCAAAUAAAAUAUAAGAGAUUGUGGUACUGUUUUGUGUAAUGAUAAUGAGCACGAAUUUAUAAACACAAGAGGUGCAAUGCUAUUAAUAUAGAGGAAUAUUUGAGAGUUGUACUGUUUAUGUAAAAUAGGAGACUUUACAAGGAAUGACAUUUGUUAGAGAAUAUAGAACUUUGGAAUGUGUGGUACACUUCAAUGAUGGACAAAGAGGAAAGAUUGUACUUAAAUGGUUUAGAAAAACAAUGAGUAUUAAGCAAGGUGUUUGUCAAAUCAUAAAUUAGAUAAAGAUUUUUGGUCCAUUAGCAGAAUUGCUGUGGAUGAUUUAUAAUUGUGUGUCUGUAUUGUUUGCUGGACACUGUAAAUCUGACAAUUAUAUAUACAAUAUAUAUAACUUUAAUCUCUGUGAACUCACUGUUUCUUAGCAGAAAUUUUCAACUAUAUUUAUUGAGAGCUUUACACACCUGCUUAAAUCUCAGUAUCCAUAUUAAUUAAUGUAUAUAAUAUUCUUCACUAAUAAUCAUCAGCUAAUGAAGAUAUUACUAUAUUUGAAUAUUUGACACCAAAAAAAAAAAUCCUCUCAUCAAAUAUGGCUGAAGAUACUGCUUUUUGUUGCUUCCUAGUCUCUGAGAUGAAAGUAUCCAGCACGGGUAGGGGGGCUAUUACUGUAGGAGAUACAGAGGAGUGCGUAGUGUAGAAAGACAGGUGGUUAGUAGAGACUAAUAUAACUACUCUGCCUUGCUAUGUGAUAUUUCUGGUAUAUAUACUGAUCUGGGUCCACAAACCGUGUAUGGAUGGUGGCAGGCAGAAGUGUCCGAGGGAUGAAGACCACCGACUCCUCUUGCAUUUAUUCUGUAGCGAGUCCGUGGGGAUCUGCCUCUGCCACGUCCUCAUGUGAUCUUCCAUUUUUCUUGUGGCCACAGCUCAAACUAUAAAUGAGUGUGUAAUUAGUAUUUCUUCAAAACUUACACCAGAGAUUGCUGAUUAGAGGUUCAGCUUUAUUUUUUAUAUCCAAGUGUUGAUAACUGCGUGAUUUGGGGAUGCCGAUGGGCUAGUUGCCUGUGCGGAUGAUCUGCUUUGCAAAUAAGAUAUUAUUAGGGCUUUAAAUUAACACUUAUUGCUGUAUUCAGAUAUAUAAUGGCAUAUUCUAAAUUGAAAUGAUUUCAAAACAUUUCAAGUUAGAAAAUCUAUACGUUGUCAAUACAGUAUUUUGACAAAACCAAAUUUCAUUUUCUCAAAUGCAUCUUUCAACUCAAAAUUAUCAUAUUUGGAAUAUAAAAUGCAUGCAACUGAUUUAUACACCUUGCAUUUCAUUCUCUCAAAGAUGUGUUUGCCUUCCAAGAAAAUUCCCCAUCAUACCUGCAUAGCAGUUUUGACAGUUCCCUGGGCUUCCACUAACAUUGUGCUGUUGUGCUGUAGAUAGAUUUCCAUCCUGAAAGUCAGGUUAACUAAUGCCUAUAUGUGGUAGUCUGUCAUACUAUUAAUCUGGUGAUAAAUUGUUUAAACACCUGGUGGGUACCCUCUCAGCCCAUAGGAUAGCAUACAUUUAGAAGUAUUUAUUGUAGAUUUCUAGUCACAAAUUUUGAAUUAUUCCUAGCACUAAGCUGUAUUAGUCGAACAUACUAAUGGAGCCCCAGCUUUAUUGUUUGAUGGACUGCCAUAUCCAGGUUAUAGAAGAUUACCUCCCCGAAGAUGUCUUCACUGGUUUAGUUGGAGAUAACUGGCUCAGAGAGACACAUUUACCUUAUCUCUGCUCAACCUAAUAGUGCGAAAAAUCUCACAUUCAUGUGGGCAGUAUAUCAUAUGUCGUCAACACACACACACACAACCCACCCUCCCACCCCCAUUUCCCCCAGGACUAGAUUACCUGGUCUUCUUGACAGGGUUACCUUACCUUGCUUUCAUUUCGGGGGUCAAGGUCCCUGCAGCCCGGUCUCUGACCAGGGCUCCUAACCACCUUGCUUCUCAAAACACAUGAAAUAUAUAUUGAUGUGCUUGCUCUUUUGUAUUCACAGUCCUUCUACCUCUGAGGAUACAAAAUUUUAUCUUAGUGAAACGUGCCAGGUCAUUGAAAGUCUAAAAUUAACUUUUAUGGGUUAAUUUUCAACAUCCUUAUCAAGUGAACUACGAAAUACAGUAUAGAAAAGAUUUAUGUUUGGUAGUAAAGUAAGCAAGGUUCAUUGCAUCUUAAGUAUUUGUUCACUAUAUUCUGUGCAUUGAUUAUUAAGGCACAAAUAAUUAAUUUAAAGUCUAAUCAUUAAACACAAUUAUUAGGUAUUGAAGAUAUUAUAUAUUUCUAUUUUAUCCAAAAUUAACAUGGCAAUGUGACCUAACCAAAAUACUGUAUGCUGAUUAUUCCUCAAUACUACCUAACAUGGGUAAAUCUAGGCCUAACUUAAAACUUUAUGACGUCAGUAUAAUGUCAAUAUUACGGGGAGCUAUUUUUAAAAGAAACACUUCAAGAUAUACAAAACUGCCUAGGUUGUUUGACAAAUGGUCCUUGCUUACCAUGCCUUGUAGCAAUACAUACACAUAUUUAUACGUAUAUACACAUAUAUUUAUACAUACACACACAUAUAUUCACACAUACUGUACAUAUGGUGUAUGAUAUACUGGCUUUCCAUGAAAUGUUCUGUCAUUAUUUAUUGACUUAAACAUUAUUUUAUUACCACAUAUUGUGUCGAAUAUGUUUCUAUUAACAAGAGACUUCACUAGUUUAUUUUCAGUAACAAAUAUAAUUAAACUGAUUGUUAGAAUAUUUAAUUUACUUACAAGUACCUUCAUGACAUUUAAGUGAUACAGUGACUCACUUAGAACUUCUUAUUUGAUAUCUAAUAAAAGAAUUUUGUCUCAAAAUUAAACUUUACUUUUAACAAGAAUUAAAAUCUAGAGAAUUGCACUUACAGCCACUACCUCUAUGCUUCAAACAAAUUUUGAGGGAGGUGGAGCAUGUAUGAUCUUGUGAGUACUGUACUCUGCGUGUUCAUUACCUUUAUUUCCACAUGCAGUUGGUACUAUCAAGUUUAAUGCAGAAGCCUUCACCUGAGGAUAUAUACAAAAUAUACUUUUUCACUGUCAUUGUCAUCUUAAUCACUGCAUUGGAAAAUCUUUCAUUAGUCUUAUUAUUUUAUACUGCUGUUGAACUUUAAGGUGCACACAAUACAAAUUCUGUGUGUAGUGUUAAAAUGCACAGGAUGAAAAUUUGAUCAGUUUUGUAUGCUGACUAUACAGUGUGGUCAGAGUUCUAAUCAAUGAAUUGAUACAAGUUGUGAAUACUUCAUCAAUUUGGUCUUCCAAUCUCACAUGUACAGAUAUUUCUUAAGCCCCCAAGGAUCCUUAAAUACAAGGUGGCUCCAGAGCUGAAAUACAAGGUCCUCCCCUCAAUGUACUGUAGCUGUGCUUUUGUAAAUUUCUAUAUAAUAACUUGAGGAUAGUUGUCAUGGCUCAUAAAGAAGUAAUCAAGAUCCAUGCAUUUGAAAAAGUGCUGCUCUAAUUUAUGAAGUUGUGCCACUGCUUUCACCAUUAGCUUUGUGUACUUUGUCCAACAUAUGUAAAUUACAAAAAAAAAAUUCUCUGCUUAGUUUCAAAUGUUUGGAUUUUGAUUAUGUAUUAUGGUCUUAGUAAUUGUUGUCAACUAAUCCUGGGCAAAAUUCUGUAUAUAAAUCCUAUAUUUGUAUCUUCACUCUGUUCUUCAGAACCCAUGGAGUCUGUACAGGGCUUAUGCCACCUCACCAUUUUUUCAGUGAACAAUUAUUGUAUCUCUUUUGUAUCCUUCAUAUAAAUAGGACUGUCAUUGCUUAACUUAGCUGAGAGUCUGCUGGUGUUCAUUAGUCAACAAAUAUAUAGAGUAAUUUUAGGAUACCAGAUAUAGUGUGUGCACUGAGAAUUCAUACUGGAUAUUCUGCCUAAGCCAUUGCAUCUUAUUCCUUUGUAUUUACUUCAUCCCAUUUAUUUAUGAACCAAUGAGUUACAUUUAUAUUCUAUAUAUAGGAAGGUUGAUAUCAUUUGUUUAAUUUUCAAGACGAGAGAUGUUCCAUUACCUCAUAUUUCUUAGACUUGUGUAACUUGAAUGACAAGAAUCAUGCUUUGGUAGUAAUUACAAAAAACAAUUACUGAUGAAGCUCGCUAAUCUGGACUAUAUGGAAAGGACCCCCAUCUGGAUAGGCCGAUUAUCCGGAUUAACAGACAUUUUACCGGGAAGUCCAAAAGUGAACAUAAUCACAAUUUUUUGUACCACAACCAACAUAAUAUGAAUUUCUACACAUUAAUUGGUGUGUGGAGCUGAGUGUGUGGUUAGCUGCCUGGCUGGUAUGUGGGUGGGCAGACAGGUGGGUGAGUGGGCUGGGUGGUUGGCAGGUGAGUGGGUGAACAGGUUAGGUGGGUGGGUGGGCAGGCAGAUUUGGAUGGGCGGGCAGGCAAUCAGGCAUGUGGCCACACAGGCAGGAGGGUGGGUGACACUCUCCCUACCCUUACCUCUAUACAGUACACCCACACCCAACCUUUACCCUCCCUCCACCCAUCACCCUCCUAACCCAUGUCAUCACCCAAUCCUCCCCCUCCCUACCAAUGCCACACUCCCAUUCUCCCCCUCCCAGCUCUUUUGGGAAGACAGGCUGUCAAGAUGCUGACAUGCUAGACAGCCUGUCAAGAUGCUGACAUGCUAGACAGGCUGUCAAGCUGCACAAAAUCUGUGCCACAGACUGCCAGACAAGACACAACACUGAAAAGACAAACAGAUGAUCCAACAUCUCCUUCCUGUUCAACCCCCUUCCCCCCCCCACUCUCAAGCAAGCCUUUCCCAACUCAACCCACGAGUGUUAACACUUACUGUAUGAUGACAUAACAUAAUAUGCAGCUUAAGUUGUGUUAAUACCCAUCUUAUUUUAUUUUAAAUAUUUAAAUGAAUAAAUAGCCAACCAAAUACUGUUCAAAUAUUAUGGUGUUAUUUAAUAUUCGUAACUAGCUCUCCACGGCAAAAAAAAAAAAAAUAUAUGAUUAAACAACUGAGCCACCUCCGAUCCUACCCUCCCUGACCGCCACCCACCCCUAGGGUUAACGCGAGAGUCACAGCUCCUCAGUGACACACGUCACUCCCAGAACUCUCUACAUGUCUGUCUACACCGCGCCACUCCCAGCACUCUUGUCUAUCUACACUGAUAAAUGUAGACAUCCACAUGCUGAUACAAAGAAUUGCUUUUAAAUUUUUGGAUGGAGAAAUACUAAAAAAUUGUUCAUGACUUUUGUUAGACCAAAGCUGGAAUAUGCAGCGGUUGUAUGGUGCCCAUAUCUUAAGAAGCACAUCAACAAACUGGAAAAGGUGCAAAGACAUGCCACUAAGUGGCUGCUGGAACUGAAGGACAAGAGCUACAUGGAGAGAUUAGAAGCAUUAAAUAUGCAAAAACUGGAAGCAAGAAGAAAGAGGCGAUAGGAUCACUAUGUACAAAACAGUAACAGGAAUUGAUAAAAUUGAUAGGGAAGAAUUCCUGAGACCUGGAAUUUCAAGAACAUGAGGUCAUAGAUUUAAACUAACAAAACAAAGCUGCCGGAGAAAUA